GCGAUUAUUCCUGCGGCGUCUGGCGGGGCUGGGGCGGGCUCGCACCUCAAGGAGACGUGGCCUCCCCGCGCCCACGCCUUUGAUGAUGCCGCCGCCCCCUCCCCGGCCCCGGGUGGCUAUAACUGAAGGAGCACGGGGGUCACGGGAGGUGUCCGGGAGCCAUGGCCGCAGCAGGGUCCCAACAACUCCAGUUUGCCGAGGGUGCUGUUUUCCCCGCCUUCCCGGCCGCGCACCCCGGAGGACCGCUGUUUCAGUCCACGCGCCCCGUCGCCGGGCUGCCCUCUGCGCCCCAGGACCCCCGCGCCCCAGCGGCCACGCCGUGCUUUCCAAGCGGAAGCCCGGGAUCCACAGCGCAGACCCCCACCGGCCUGGAUCCGCCCCGGCCCCCCAAAGGCGCGGCUGCCCCGUCUGCGCCCCAGCGCCGCAAGCGCACGUCGUUCAGCUCUGAGCAACUGCAGCUGCUGGAACUCGUCUUCCGCCAGACCAUGUACCCCGACAUCCACUUGCGGGAGCGCCUGGCCAAGCUCACGCUGCUCCCGGAAUCCAGGAUCCAGGUGAGUUGUCCUCCUGUCUCCCAGGUGUGGUUCCAGAACAGACGGGCCAAGUCCAGGCGCCAGAGUGGGAAGUCAUUGCAGCCCUUAUCAUCAAGGCGGGAAGUGUUCCUCCAUCACUCCGCUCCUGGGACUGAAGCGAGAUGUCUGAAACCCCAGCUGCCCCUGGAGGCAGCUAUGAACUGCCUUCCCGAUGCCAGCAGGGCUGGAGGAGGCCUCUGUGCAUCUGGUUCUCAAGGUCACAGUUUUGACACCUAUUCACCUCUCUCCGAAGACAUCGGCUCGAAGUUGGACUCGUGGGAAGAACAUAUCUUUUCAGCCUUAGGUAAUUUUUGAGGAUUCUGGAAGAGUUCAGGAUGUACUCAGAGGGGUCUGGGAGAUACGGACCAGAACGCUACUGUAACCCUGACUGGCCAUGGCCUUGUUGAUGAUGCUUCUGGAUUAUUUCUCUUGAAGGUUUCUCCUCUUCACCGUGAGCCUUUACCUGUGGCUUUUUCUCGGUAGCCACCCAUCCUUCCACUCAGGGGUACCUGUAAAUCUCCAAGUCUGCGCAUUCAAUUUGGUCCAUAACCCCCUGGUCUAUUCUAAUUGUUCAGACUGAUGAUUCAGAACUUGUUUUCUUUGUCAGAACCUUCAGCUUGACUCAA